GGAUAUGCGAGACUGUCGACCAUCGCUGUUGUGAUGCGAUCCUCGAAAACACUCGCUUCCGAGGAAUGCACGUCGCCGAACGAACGUCCGUUGACAUUCCGAGUGCUCGUUGCGCAUCGCACUCGCGAUGAACGUGCUCGACAUGUGCGUGUGUACGUUUUGCGGCACCGGAUCAGGUUGAGAUUAUUUGCCGCGGUCAUAACAACACCUCACGGAUUAUGAGAAACAACCUGAGAGGGUCCAAUGGUAUCAAUCUGGCAUAUGGUCCCCCGUCCUAUGAACCAGUCAAAACAUUUCCCAAAGAUGACAGUAAAAACUGUAAGACCAUGCUCUUUAGUCCGGAUGGUCAAUAUUUGACAUGGUCUAAUUCAUCUAAAGUUAAAAUUGUAUCCUGCAAGACAUGGCAGAUCGUUGCAGAGAUUCAACGACCAAAAAUCUGUGCUCUUAAAUUCUCUAGUAACAGUACUUAUCUUGCAACUUGGGAACCAUCUUUUGUAUCAAAAGAGGAGCCUCAGGGGUCACAAAACUUUCACAUAUGGAAGGCUGAAACUGGCGAUCUAGUUCAACAUCUCAUUCAGAAGAGAAUGGUAGAUUGGGAGCCACAGUGGUCGAGUGAUGAAGAAUUUUUUGGUAUAUUAAAAGGAGGAAAUGUUCUUUUAUAUGAAAAUAACAACUUUGAUAGAUAUGUACACAAAAUAGGUAAAGGCAACAUUGCCAAAUUUAGUAUAGCACCUGGUAAUGCACCAUACCAUAUACUCUGCUAUAUGCCAGGAAGCUCUGGUCAACCUUCCUUUGGAAGAUUAUUUAAAUAUCCCAAGUUUGAGAUCGGAGAAGCAAUUGCAAGCAAAAGCUUCUUCCAAGCAGACAAAGUCGAUAUACAUUGGAAUCGAUGUGGAACAAAUGUCUUAUUGAUGACUAAUACGGAAGUUGAUAAGACUGGUGCAUCGUAUUAUGGAAAACAAACAUUGCAUCAUCUCAAUACAAAGGGCGAGACAGCUAUGGUUAUGCUCAGUAAAGAAGGUCCUAUACAUGCAGUAGAAUGGUCUCCUAGGAACACGGAAUUCUGUGUGACAUAUGGCUUUAUGCCAUCUAAAACAACGUUGUUUAAUUGCAAAUGCGAAGCUGUCUUUGAAUUCGGCAUGUCUUAUAGAAACAGUAUAUAUUAUAAUCCACAUGGCAACAUAUUGCUUUUGGCUGGAUUUGGCAAUCUUAGGAGUGGUAUUGAAUUAUGGGAUGUUAUUAACAAAAAACUUAUUGCUAAAACUGAUGCGCCAGAUACCACACUGUUGCAGUGGUCACCAGAUGGUGAACAUUUCAUGACUGCAACUACAGCACCUAGAUUACGAAUUACUAAUGGAUUUAAAAUUUGGCAUUAUACCGGCUCACUAAUUUAUCAACGACCCUGGAACAAUCAAGAAGAACUUUGGGAAGUGGCGUGGCAAAAUUUCCCUUUGAAUGUGUUUCCACAGAAACCUAUUAGUUACAAAGCCGUUGAGGGUAUUGUGACCAAUCUUAAUCAAUCACAAGCACCAAAAGAAGCAUAUAGACCACCAUGUGCUAGAGGACAAAAUAUUACAUUUAAAUUGCAUGAUGAUAUUGAAACGCCUUCUAAGUCAACUGAACCAAAUCCAUCCAAAGCUGCAUUAAAAAUGAAAAAAAAUCGGGAAGCAAAGAAAGCUAAGAAAGAACUAGAGUCUCAUAAUCCUACUGUCAAUGAACAUGUUACAAGUACAACAGCGAACAUAAAAAUAGAAUUAACUGAUGAUCCUGAGAAAAAUAAAAAAAUAAAGAAAAUAACGAGCAAAUUAGAUCAAAUUUCUAAAUUGAAAGAGCAGUUGAAAGCAGGAAAACAGUUAGAAAUAAAUCAAUUAGACAAGAUUAAAAAGGAAGAUGAAUUGCUGAAAGAACUUGAAGAGCUUACUUUAUGAUAAAUCAUCCAAAUGUCAAAUGGAAUCUAAUUAACUUGAUCUACAAACAAAACAAGCUAAGAAUAGCUUUUUUGAGUAAAAUGAAUCCAAGAAAUAUUUACGGGUGAAAAUCAAAUUGUUUAUCUCUACAACUUGAUAAAGCAGUAAGACUGUAUUGUGAAAUAUUUUGGAUAAAAUCAAGCCCAAAUCUCUCUCACUAGUUAUCAUUGAUUCUUAAUCCAAGAAUUGUGUUCGUAAGCAUAAUUAAAACUAGAUAACUCUAUUAAUUUUAAUCUACAGAACACUGUAUAGUACAAUAUUCAGUACUAUUGGAAGACUACCUACAUUUCCUGAUUUUACUAAUAUAAACUGAGAGAUGAGAGAAUCAUCUUUCUAUCAAGGGAUAGUUGCAGUGUGUACCAAUCUCUCAACGAAAAUCUUAAAUUAUUUGUGCAUUUGACUAAUCAUUAUCAAAUUAAUGAAAACUGCUGACUAGUUGAAAGCUUACUACGAUUGAAAAUACUAUAAUUUAAAAUUUAUCAGACCUUUUCAAACAGAAUGCGUUCCUGACGGUAUAAGAAUAUAUAAUAUUGUUCUUAUAAUAUCUUGUUUUAUCUUUUUCUACGAGAAUUAAUUUUAGAAUUUGAAAUUUUAUGUAACAUAUAUCUAUAAUGCAGUACUAUAUUUUGCAUUUAAAUAUCUUUGUCAUUCUGCGCAUUUAUAAGAACAUUACUUAAUGUAACGAAAUCUUUUUUUUGCAAUCGAAAAUUGUAUUGCUCAGAUAAAAAUUGAUUACAAAUUUAAAAAAUUCUGUAUACUUUAAAUUUAUUUAAAAUUUUUUCUUAUAUUUAAAAUUUGUUUUGACAUAAUUAUUUUUAUUAAUGUUCUAAACUAUUUGUUCUAAGCUUAUUUCAUGUAUAAUAUAUUUAGAUAAUUCAAAUUGCAAUUUUUUGUAUUAUAUCAGUAUUAGAGUUUCUUAUAGUAAAUUUUUUUUGUAGUUUUCACAACAUUUAUGGCCAUAAGUAUAAUUAGAGUGUAAUAUAUUAUUAAGUAUAUAAAUAAAUAAAUAAAACAUUGGAACAUUUUUUCAAAACGACAAAAUCUGUUUAGAUGAAUAAACUACACUUAUAGAAUAUAUAAGAACAACAUUAAUAAGAAUUUGAUUAUGAUAUAAACAGAAAUAAUAGUUAUUUACGUUAUGUACAGUGAGAUGAGAUUUUAUGAAAAUAAAUUCUUAAAGAAAUUAUUGAUCGGAUGUCAAUGAGACAUAUCCUAUUCAUUAGAAUAAAUUGUAUAAAAACUAAAAAAAACUAAAUUCUAUAUCUCAAAAAAAAAAUUUCCUAAAGAAUCACGAAUGAUAUAUUCAAGAAUGUUUUAUUCGCGAUAAGAAAUAAUUAAUUCCGAUACAAAAGAAGUAGUUUUAAAUUAUGUAAGAAAAUGUGAUCGCAAUUAAUAUACGUUGAAAUAGAGAAUUUAAAUCGCAUAUAUUGGGAUUGUGUCUCUUUGUUUCUUGUUCUUUUAUUACAAGUGCAGAAGCAUUACUGAAGAAAUGAGAAUAAGAAUAUGUUGUUUUUGCCUUAUUCUCUACUUCGCAAUUGUAUUAAACAAAGUGAACAAAGUAAUAAGAAGGUAAUAAAUUUGUUGUUUACAGAA